AUGGUGUUGUUGAUGCUGAACGACAGGUUGACGCUUGGAGACAGGUUUAAGGGAACGGUGCGAUAUCUUGGAGGGAUACGGACGAAGGAAGGCAAGUGGGUGGGCCUAGAGCUUGAUGAGCCUGUGGGAGCGAAUGAUGGGAGUGUGAAUGGCGUGAGAUACUUUGACUGCAAGGAUAAGCAUGGGAUAUUUGUAAGAUACGAGAGGAUCAAGGAGGGGCUUGUAUGCGAGGACAGGGGAAAGGCGAUAGAUGGAUCAGAAAUGCCGACUGUAAAGAUUGGCGAAUAUGAAUCGAAGAUAUCUGAGCUAGAAAAGACGAUAGAGCAGCUCAGGAAUGCAGAAAGGCAGGAGCUAGCUGAGCUUAGAAAGGAGUUGAUAUGUUUAGAAGAGCAAAAAUUGCAGAAGAAUGCAGACUAUUCAAUUGAAGAGCGACGAGAUGCAAAUGAAAAAGGAUUGCGUGCGAGUAGAUGGAUGGGUAAGACGAAUACGAAUUGUGUGACUGACCAGGAUGAAAGAAGAAGGGUUGUACAUCUUGUAAGUAGGAUUAUUCAUGGCGUGCUGGAUGAGGAAAUGGAGGCAGUGGAGUGCCUGUACAAGGAGUUUGAGUGUAUUAUGAAGAAGAAUGGGAUUGUGAUGGACUGA